GCAGUGCAAAGAUAAAAACAGGAACCGCUUAUGGUAAAAAUGUAUAGAUGCAAAGAAGCCGAAAAAUAGUCACAGGAACAUUUACUUGGUUGGUGCUGCCGGGUCGGAAAAAAGCCAAAUUUUGGUGAAGAACCCUGAUAAGCAGACGUAAUCAUCAAAGCUUUGCAGAAUCGCAGUGUUCAACAUGGCCCCCUCACUGGCCACAGCUUUCUCACGCCGCUGGUGGAUGGCAGUAACAGCGGUGAUUGAGAGUCUGCUCUUCUCUGCUGUACUUUUGGGAUGGGGCUCUUUACUCAUCAUGCUGAAAUCAGAGGGCUUCUACUCCUUCCUCUGCAAUGGACCAGAAAACAAUACAAUGCGGAAUGUGUCAGAGCAGAGUGAGAGAGCCACAGUAAACCCAGCAAACAAAACUGAAGAGUUGCAAAUGAAUGGCUGGCCCAUAUGUAAAGAGCAGGAUGAGAUGCUUAAUCUGGCCUUCACCAUUGGUUCCUUCCUUCUGAGUGCCAUUACCCUACCGCUGGGUAUCAUCAUGGACAAAUAUGGGCCACGCAAACUUCGCUUGCUUGGCAGUGCUAGCUUUGCCCUGUCCUGUAUCCUGAUUGCUUAUGGAGCCAGUAAUCCAAGAGAUCUCUCAAUCCUGAUCUUUUUUGCUCUGGCCAUGAACGGGUUUGGGGGCAUGUGCAUGACCUUCACCUCUCUAACACUUCCUAACAUGUUUGGAGAUCUACGCUCUACCUUUAUCGCACUCAUGAUUGGAUCCUACGCUUCUUCUGCUGUCACUUUUCCAGGCAUUAAGGUGAUCUAUGACCUGGGUGUGGCCUUAAUCACCAUCCUGUUGGUCUGGGCUGCCUGUGCUGGCCUUGUUUUUAUCAACUGCUUCUUUAACUGGCCUCUGGAACCUUUUCCUGGGCCUGAGGAUAUGGACUACACUGUAAAGAUCAAGUUUAGUUGGCUGGGCUUCGACCAUAAAAUCACAGGCAAGCAGUUUUACAGGCAGGUGACUACUGUGGGCCGCAGACUCAGUGUGGGGAACUCCAUUAAAAACCAACCCAAAAUGCUGGCCACGCAGGACGGCAACAAGAUCUGCUUGUCAACUGUUGACCUAGAUGUGCAGUGCAAAUCUUCAGAUGACUCACAGUCAUUCAUGCGCAGUGUAUUCAGCCCCAUCUUCCUGCUCAGUCUAAUCACCAUGUGUGUCACUCAGCUGCGACUCAUCUUCUACAUGGGAGCUAUGAACAGUAUCCUGGAGUCUUUGACUGAUAGAAACCUCAGCACAGUGGAAAAGAUGGAAGUGGUGAGCACGUACACAUCAAUCUUCGGUGUGCUACAGCUGCUGUGUCUCUUGACUGCUCCAGUGAUUGGUUACAUCAUGGACUGGAGAUUGAAAGAGUGCGAGGACAAGAAUGAGAAACAAAUCACCAAAGACCCCACCCAACCAAAGAAGCGUAACAGACAGAUUCAGCAGAUAAGCAAUGCCACCAGAGCCUUCAUCUUUACAAACUUGCUCCUGGUUGGCUUUGGGGUCACUUGUCUGGCCCCAAACCUGCCUUUGCAGAUUUUGUCUUUUAUAUUACACACCAUCGUAAGAGGUUUUAUCCAUUCUGCUGUCGGAGGCCUAUAUGCUGCUGUGUACCCUUCCUCUCAGUUUGGCAGUCUGACAGGACUGCAGUCUCUGAUCAGCGCUCUUUUUGCUCUUCUGCAACAGCCUCUUUUCAUGGUUAUGAUGGGCCCAUUACAGGGAGACCCUCUCUGGGUAAAUGUGGGCCUGUUGGGUGUCAGCAUGCUGGGCUUCUGCCUCCCUGGUUACCUGCUUUGUUUUGGCAACCAGCUGCGCAAACAACAAAAGGAGCUGGAGGACGACCCCAAGAUCUGUCUUAAGAAUGGCAACGACCAGCAGGCCUAUGUCUGAACAUGGACUCGAUUAUAAACGGUACAAGUCAAACUGAGGGCCAGGAGGCAAUAGAGAGGAAAGGAGAAAGGAAUGAAAGUCGCAAAAGUGUAGUUCAGCUAUCUUCUUUCCCUUACCGGCUCCACCAGUAUUCCACUAAUUUUACACAUGAACAGAAACACAGACAUAUAGACAAAGCAGUUACAGUAAAAUGUGACAGUGUGCCACCUAAACAUGUUUACAUGCUCUGUAGUCUCAGUAACAGAUUUUCUGGGUGAAUCAAGAGUAUCUGAUUAUUGUCAAAUGUUUCUUUACAAUUAAAUAUAGUGUUGGCUGUGUAGAUGGAAUUCUCUUAGGGAUUAUGAGCAUCUACCUACUCCGUCUAGCCCCCUCUCCAAGUUCUCUGUCUCUCAAAUGAACCCAGACAGCAAGCCAGGUUAGCCAAUAAUACCUUUGUUUUAGGUAUGAUUUUUAUAACUAGGAGCAAUUGAUGAAGCCCUGUUAUAUUUGCCUUGUUUUCCGAUCCUGACCUAUGUGACUGAGGAGUAAUUCCAUUGCGAUGAUACCAAAACAAUAUUGUUUCUCCUGGAGUAUUUCCUAGUGGGCUGGAUGAACACUGUGAAUCACAAGGCACAACAUGUGAUGCUACCUGCACUGACUCUCCUCUCACAAUCAACAGCUUAUUAAAGAGCUUAUAGUACUCUUGGAGAAAAUACACAAGGGCCAUAUACACACUACCUAUCUGGCUUGACACAUCAAGAGGUUGCAAAAUAGGAAGAAAGUAAAGAAGAAACUCCACAAAGACAAGCUAUUGUGUAUUUUUCAGAAUUGUUUUUCUGUUCUUCAUACUUACGGAAUACAGUAUAUGGACAUACAGUAUUAAGACUAAAUAUGAAUCCCUCCCAUUGGACAGCAUGCAGAGAAAAUGACUGCUACAGGUGUUUUCAAAGGUUUUAUUGGCAGUAAUUAUGACCUCAGUUACAUAACUUGACUUUUUUAGUUCCUCCAGUGUUUACAGUGAUCUUGUCACAAGAAACAAAGACUAAGUGAACAUUCAUGCAUUGAGAUCUUAUUAUUAUUACUAUUAUUAUUAUUAUUAUUAUUAUUAUUAUUAUUAAUGCAGAUCAGGCUAGAUAUAGCAGCAUGCUACACACUAGAAGCAGGCAAGAUGGCAAAAAUAUAUUGCGAUAUUUAAAGGCAUCUUCAAAUAUUAAUUUUAUAUCAUUAUAUUUAGUUUUGCUGAGGUUUAGCAAGACACUUGAGACAUAUGAAAUAUUUAAAGAAAAAUGUAAAAUUUUAGUAUUUAAUACUUUUUUUUUAUAUUAAAUCAGUUACAGCAAUAAUGAAGAUGCAUUGAUUCUCAUGAUUUUAAUAUAUCGCAAUAAUGAUAUUGCCCAGCUUUAUUACUCACAGCACAGCAUGGCCAUGAGACUGCAGCUUUUCCUUAAUGGAGCAUAUCUUAGACAUGCUGCAUGUAUUUUAUCUCUGGAAAAAGUACUUACCUGAUUAUUAUCUGAUUUGAUCCAAUUUGUUCAUUAGCAGUUCAUCAUAGAUUAACAUGCUGUGUGAUAUGUUUUGCCAUAUAUUUCAAUUACAGAUGAACAGAAUGUUGCAGUAGACAUAUUACACAAAAUUCAAGUAUUUCUUUUUUGAGUGGCUUAUAGACAGAUUUCACAACAGAAUGACUUUCACCAGCAAUAAUGUGUGACACCAUUUUAAAUAGUUAUUUGACUAUAGGUAUUGUCCUGAUUACCAGUGUGUCACUGUGUUAUUACCCGUCCACUUACUGAGUAUUGAAUUAUGCAGUUUGUUGUAAAGGUUAACAUGUUUGUUACAGUUCUUACAAUAUACAUUUUAUUUUAUGUUUGGUAAAAACCAUUAGACUAGUAAUCCUUCUUUAAAUGUUUCCCCCCCCCCAAUGUGGUGGCAUGACCUCAUUCAUGUUUUGCUCCACCUCAUGACAGUUUGUGUUUGUGUUCACGGAGAGAGAUAAAAUGAGACACAUCAUGAUGUUGGCUAAAGACAACCAAAAAGGAUUUAGCUUGCCUUUGCUCAUAUUUACAGUGUAUGUGUGCUGUAAUUCUUUUCCAUACAUAGCCAUCUAAGUCUAACGCACAAAAGGGUUGUUUAGGUUGUCACUUGUGUACUCAAAGGUGUUAUACUGUCACUUUGUUGACCUAAAUGAUCCUAAACAGAAAACAUUUUAUCACGUAUUCGUUGCUUAGUGUAUCUAAUGUACGAAGGGUAUCAUAUGUCCAUAGUCACAUUUUGCAUCUGAAAGUAUUUCGUCUAAACUUGAAUCUACUUUGAUAAUCAAAAAGGGAGGUGCUAAAAAAAUGAUGCUGUAUCUCUUCUUUAGUCCAACAUUCAUAUAGCUCAAAGGAGGCUAAGACGCAGGAUUUAGUCUUCUGUUGUUUUUCCUUAAAAGUUCAACUCCAACUGGGACAAAAAUUACGCAGUGUUCUCAGUUCAGAUUGCUUACUUCAGCAUUUUUACGUGUCCAUAAGAAAUUGUAUAAAAUGAUGUGAUGUGAAAAUUUAAGUAAAAACUAAAUACACUCAGAUAAACAGGUUAAAUCUUUCUCACACCCUUGCAUUUGAUUCUUUCUGAAUAAAUAUAUACUCUAUAAUGAGAUUACCGGCUUAUGUGUCCUGGUUGGACAGUUUUUACAGGUAAAACAUUUUAGAUAUUACAAAUGUAAUUUCACAUUAAUGCAGUACUGUAUUACAGCACAAUGGCUGUGGGAGUACAACCUUUACCUACCCUCUCCCCAUCCCAGUCCCAUAAGAUUGGGGAAAAAUGCACUUUUUUACUGCCAUACCUUAAUUAUAAACCAUAAUAUGUCAUAAUGUAAUGUGUACAUGUAGGUUUUUUUACAUGUUUGUUUGCCCCUUUGAUUUUGAGUGAAUGACAAGUGAUAGAAGCAGAUAAAGUUAAGAUGUUUUUGGGCUCCUGAAGUGUGAAAAACACUAUCGGCUAAAACACCAAUGUUUUUCCUCAAUUUGUAUUUUGUACUUCAUUGAAUUGUAGCCUUCUUUGUUACAUGUUUAAUCUUUUAUAAGUCUUUUUUCUGUUACAUGUAAAAGAUUUUGUUUCAAAGCUGUAUAUGCUUUUUGGUUAAUUUGUUGUAUAUCAUUAUAUAGCACCUGUUGACUUUUCAAUUCAUUGUUUUACCCAAAAAAAAAAGAAUCACCUAUAUAAAAAAAUAAAUAUAAAUAUAAAAUCAGUUUUCUAUUAAAUUGCCAUAUAUCAUUUUGUCUUCUCACAUGCCUGUCCUGUACUUCACAAAGACAUUGUCUGGUUAUUUUGCUUUGUUAUUCUGGUGUAGGUAUAGGUGUUAUCAUUAAAAAUCUGUUUUGGUA